UCUAGCCAUUCGCUAAACCCCCUGCAAUCCACUGGAGCGGGUUCCACUCUGACCACUAAUGGGCCCAAUACCCACUGAGGGUCCGCUAGUUACCUCACGAUGCUAGCCAGCCACUUCCAGGUUCUGAUCGGCCAGCCCAGCUGUGAUGGACUUCAUCGUCACAUCGGCUGAGCUGAGAACCAGGACGGACGAUUUUGAGGCAAACAUUUAAAACACUCGACCAUCGCCCUUUUCUCUUUCUUGGUUUGCUCGUAUCAUCAAUUUUCCUUCAAAGACUACAAACACAAUAGACAAGACAUUGACUUGAUCCUUGUCAUCCUCUUCUCGUCCUCCCCUUCUCAGAUUUUACCUCUCUGCAUCAAAACUCUACCCAACAAUCAUGCUCACAUCAACCUUCUUCCUCAGCCUCCUCGGCCUUGCAGCGGCCUCACCGGUCCAGCCUCACAUCAACGUGAACCCCAAAUACCCUUCACGCUCGAUAUCAAAGGGCUUCAAGCUCGUCGUCAACGUCACAGACCAUUCCAAGGACUUUGACCCCCCCAUCCACAACACCGAGCUUACCAGCAUCCACACCGGAGCCGGCCUCGCCCUCGUCGGAGUUAUCGAGAAGGAAGGCCGCAUCUUCUACCAAAACGGUACCAAGGAAGAGCGCCAAAACGGCGAGGCUACUGUCAUCAGCGACGGUGGCACCCCCUUGACUCCCAAUGGCAUCGCUCUCGUGGCCGACAAGAAGAACAAGAAUCUUUUCGGUGCUACUCUCAACUUCGAGCCCGGCACACCAGGUGUUCAGUUGAACCAGCCCGAGGACCCCUACACAUAUCUGCUGCCCGAGACUUUUGUGGCGUGUAACAAGAGCUUGGAAUACUACCAGGGCAAGCACUUCAUCGUCAUUGAGCAGGCACACCUCACCAUCGACAAGAACAACAAGAUCCAGCGCAACAUCCCCAAGGGUUGUGCCCCCAUCCGCCUUGUGCCCCAGUGUGCCGAGUUGGAAACUCUUCCCAAGGGAUCGUACUCCAGCCACAAGUACGCCCUUGAGUCCAAGUGCUACAAGGAUGUUUCCAAGAUCCAGUGGAAGAAGUACAGCCCUUAAUCUGGAAUACCUUGGUGAGAAAUGAGAUGGAAUUAAUGAUGACGAAAGGAUAAUGAUUGUUUUGAACAGCCAGUAUUACUAGGAUUGGCAUUAAUAGCCUUAAUAAUGUAUAACAGUUAUCUUUAUGCCUAGAAGCUUCCUCUGGCCGUGACCUAACUGUUGAAAUCACUUAAACACAUCAGCGGUGAGGCAUAUGUGGGUAUCACAACCUCACGCACAACUGGAUCUAGACUCGCCAAGCAGUUGGGAAAUCCGAGGCCACACAAGAGCAAAGACUGCUUGUGGAACCAUGACAGCUGCUUUUCCCGGCAACGGCGGGGAGACGAUCUGGGAAGCGGACUGUCCCCGUAAAAGUCUAUCAUCGGGUGCUGCAGGCACAUCAACUCAAACUCCACAAAGUCAUUGUUUGUCCGUUAGCGGCUCAUCUUUGGACCAAAAGAUAACCUUCAUGUACCAAAGCGGAAGAGGAACGUUGUCUUGAGUCAGUUGUUUUGCCACAUGUGAACGAUGUUUGCUACUGUGUAUCCCUAUUUGUCAAGUUAGGUCAUGAUCAACCAAGUUUGCAAUUUCGCCUGGAAACGAGAAUAGGCUUGUCUUCGGCGGAUUAAAUCGGAAGUCUGGAAGUCUGGUGUCUUUGGCCAAUGGCAAAGCUGUGCUCGUUGCUGUCGAGGUGGAGGUUUGGGCUGGCACUGACACCCAACGGCUAUGCAACGUCUACGCAUAUUGCAGGCGCCACGAAAGCCUAGGUAUUUGGUUUAUACUGUUUCCAUUGCUACAGGACCCCUUAUAUCUAGACCUAUCUCAUAGACAGAGGAGUUAUCGCUAAGUUGAGUAUGUACCCUCAUGUUAUUGUUGAGCUCCAACCACAUGCGAGGAGUGCAGAAGCCAGCGACAUAUUGGCCUCUGACCAACGAGCAUAUGAAGAACAUAUGCUGGAUGGCAAAGGUCAACUUGACACCUACCUCUGGCAUCUGCGGUGAAGGUGGGAGGUUAUGACUGAUGCGAAUAAUGCGACGUUGAACAGAAAAGUCUCCUGGUUCACCAACGUGAUGUCCUGAUGAGCCCAACCAUAUACGAAGAGUAUAGAAGUGAGCGGCAUAUUGGCCUCUGACCAAAGAACACAUGAGGAACAUAUGUUGGAUGGCGAGGCCAGCUUGACGUUCACCUAUGACGUCUGCGGUAAGGGUGGGAGGUUUAUGGACGACUUCGACCAAGGCGACGGCGAGCUUGUCGUUGCAUCCUAAACAGGCAUUAUGAUCUUCAGUACAUUGGCGGUGGGUUUGCGAGGGUCAGAAUCGUCGGCACUGUCGCCCGGAGUGUCGUCGGGGCAGCCCCAGUUUGCACCGUGGAUCUGGUAUGAGUCCCGUUUGAACAUCGGUUCGCCUUUGGGCUUGAACUUCACCAGGCUAGGGUAAUUUCUCCAGUUCGGGGUAUCGCCGGGAGGAGGCCGCUUAUUGUCUUCCUGUUGCCCAUCUUAACACUGCAAUACUAUACAACGACUCGAGGAGGAGCCAAGAGUGGAUGCGAUAUUGAGUGCAAUACAGGGUACUUGAGAUAAAAUUGUUAGUAUAUACAGAUAGAUACAAGUGAUGCAGAACAAACCAAGAGCAUGUGAUGCUUGCGUGAAGUGCUUGUGGUGAGAUAUCGACCCUUCUAAAACCCAUUUCUUUGGGUUCCGUCUU